GUAGUGUAUGCAGAAGCCAUGAAUGGCGUCGUUGGCUUGCCAAUCGUUCGGACAUCGAAACCAAAAUUUCAAAAACUUUAAAUAUAGUGAUGGAUUCCGAAAAAGAUGUUAUGCAUUGCUUAGUAUGCAAUAGCAAAGUAGGAUCAUCAUUAAGAACUAGCAUAAACAUUUUUGAAGACAAAUCUGUAGCCAAUCCAAGAAAAUCAAUUGCUGAUAUUUUAUGUUCUAUACUGAGAUUGGAACUAAACAAAGAUGUUGUUCACUCAUCGAUGGUUUGCAAAAAAUGUUGUAAAUUAGUUAAUGAGGCUGAUGAAUUGCAAAUAAAAUUGUCUGGCAUAAAAUCAGAAAUAUGUAACUUAUACAACAACACAUUAACAAAAUUUUGCACGAAUAUUGUACAAGAAGAGGAGUUUAAUGAUCACGACUAUAUAGAUUGUACAGAAAGUGAUAAGGCAGAAUUCAGUUCUAAAGUAUCAGAAAAAGCUAAAGAAAUUAUUAAGAAGAAAAAGAAAGUUACCAUUUCGGAACCAUCUAUAACCUUGCAGGUUGAUGUGAAUUCUGAAGAUGAUGAAGUUUUAUCAGAUAUUUCCAACUCUGAGCUUUCCAAUGUUAAAAAAUAUGAGGAACAGAGUGAUGAAAAUAUUACCAAUGAUAGCAUUUUUGACAAUCACUUUGAUGCUACUUCUCCUGGCAAUGACUCACAGAUAGAAGAAGUCACGGAGAAAAAACCUCCAGCUAAAAAACAAAAAGCAAAAGUAAAAGAGGAAACGUAUGAAGAGGUAGUAACAAAAGACGGUGAUCAAUACAUAUGUUCCCUUUGUACAAGUGAAGAAAAAUCAUCUCGCGAUGCCAAAAGCAUCAUAGCUCAUUUAAAAGAUGAGCACGAAGUACGGUUGUACAUUUGCGACAUUUGUGGAGAUCAAUUUAGAAAAAGAACUGAUUUAUCUCACCAUUUAGAUGAUCACGUAGCGAAAGAAGAAGGCGAUUUUCAGUGUGAAGUUUGUAACAGAAUAUUUAGUAAUUUGCGAUUGUUUCGUAUUCACAAGCGUAUUCAUUAUCCUCAAAAUAAAUCUUGGCCAUGCGAAACUUGUGGUAAAAAGUAUAGCUCAAAAAAUCUCUUAGAUGAGCAUACUAACACACAUACUGGGAACCGACCUUACGUUUGUGAAAUUUGUAAUAAAGAUUUUGCAUCUAAAUAUACCUAUCGCUCUCAUGUUAAAACUCAUGAAGUCAGGCCAAGACCUUUUGAAUGUACAACAUGUAAAAAAACUUUCCUGAGUCAGCAAAACUUAACUCAACAUGUGAAAACACACAACGGAAUAAAAGAAUUUGUGUGUCAAACAUGUGGUAAAGCAUUCGGCUCAGCUCAUAACCUUGAAGUACAUAAUAUUGUUCAUACUGGAUAUAAACCAUAUAUUUGCAAUAUUUGUGGCAAAGCUUUUGCAAGAAAGGCAGAAAUUCGAGAUCACGAAAGAACUCACACGGGUGAAAAGCCUUAUCAAUGCGAAUUUUGUGGUGCAACAUUCAGUCAGAGAUCAAAUUUGCAGUCACAUAAAAGAGCGACACAUUACAAUGAUAAACGGUAUAAAUGCGAUGAUUGCGGUAAAGGUUUUAAAAGGAGAAGAUUGUUGGACUAUCACAUCAAAGCUGCUCAUACUGGCGAACGUCCUUUCAAGUGUGAAGUAUGUUCGGCAACAUUUGUUUAUCCAGAACAUUUCAAAAAACACAUGCGUAUUCAUACUGGUGAAAAACCUUAUUUAUGCGAGGUUUGUGGAAAAGCUUUCAAUAGUAGAGACAAUCGCAAUGCACAUAGGUUUAUUCAUAGCGACAAGAAACCUUAUGAAUGUCUAGUAUGCGGAAUGGGUUUUAUGCGAAAGCCGUUACUUUAUGCACAUAUGCAAGCUCAAGGCCAUUUGAAUGAUACUAUUGUAGUUAACCAGCCACGUCUAACUACUGAUGAGGAUGUAAUUAUUCCAAGCAAUCAAGUUCAUUUAGUUAUGGAAGGUGACGUUGAGCAACUGGAUAAUAGUGCUCAGUUAAUUGUCACAGAUCUGAAAGACCAUGUAAUUAUUCAAAAUGGGGACCAGCAAAACGUGCUUAGUCUCGCAGAUAGCAACAUGAGCAAUGAAGAUAUAGAGCAAUUCGUAGCAGACGAACAGAUGACAUUUGAAGGAUCUGAAUUGCAGUGUAAAACUGAAACUGAUGAUGGAGUUGAAGAGGUUUACGGCUACCAAGAUCUUGACGGAAAUACGAUAGUAUUACCACCGGGCACUGAUAUCAACGAAUUGCUAAGCGAUGGAAACAAGUCAAUGAGACUGGUACAAAUUCGCAUACCAACAGAAGCAGUGGGGGAUGAAAAAAAUUGGUUAAGUUUGGUACAAAACUAAUUUUGAAGACAUUAUUUUGUAUUUUUUACGAUUUUAAAGUCGUGAAAUUGUUUUAAUGCUACUAUCGACGAAGUCAGUUCAAUGACUAAUGUUUCGAUCUACGAAUAAGCUAGUUGUUGAAUCUUUUUAUCCAGAUAAAAAAUUUAUUCAUAAGGAUAUUAAGUGAAAUUGAAGAUUUUCAAUGACACCUGUACAAUUAACUCAAAUUGUGCACGAAAAACCUAAAAAAAAAUAUACAAUAAAAUUUUGUA